AUUACCACAUGCAAAGACUAAAACAUGGCAUAUGUACACAUUAGUUUCCCACGCAUUCAGCUUAGCCACAGCAUUGGUGGGGCUUGAAAUGAAUGACGGACGCGCCCCGCAGACGUCAUAGCAAUGACAAGGUGAACCCAAACAAUCAUCUCGACCUCUUCCACUCAAACCAAUUCUCUCCCACCGAUACCCCAAUACACCCUUUUGCACACCCAACACCCAGAAAUACCAUCUCUACCUCAAACUCCCAACUAAAACUCUCACACACAAAACAACAUCAACAAUGUCCGCCCUCUCGCCCUCUGCCCCUUCCCAACCCACCACAUCCCAAGCCUACACCACCCCGGGCAACCCCACAGAAAAGACACCGCAAGAACAAUCCCAAGCCACCUUCAACGCCUCCGACAACGCCGCCUUCGCCGACCAGCGCAUCCCCACGAAACAAGCAACGCACGAGCAAGGGCUCCAAAACGCAAAGUUCGAGGAGGGAAAGGGCGUCCACGGCGCACCGGCUGGCGAAGAAAGCAAAGGCUUAAGCGAAGAAGACGUAGGACGCCACAAAGAGCUGGACGAGCAGCAGAUGGCUAUGCCGGGUGAAGGGCGGGUGGCAGAUGCGGUGGCGAGGAAAGGUGUGGGACUUGGAGGUGGAGGUGCGCAGCCGGGGUUGGAAAGUGAUUUGGACAGGAAGAAAGCAGAGCAGGCGGAGGCGAGGGAGGCGAUUAAGGCGGAGAAAGCGCAGGCUGCGGCCCAGGGUGGUGCGUUGGGACAGACUGGCGGACCGGCGAAUCCGGUGGAUAAUGCUACUCAGGGAGGAGGUAAUUAUCCUAAUUCUAGCUAUUAGAUUUGCGUGGGUGGCGUGGUUUAUGAUGGACAUGUUUGGGUGGAUGAUAAUGACACGGUUGAUCACGCUUUUUCCGUCUAAUCAUGCAGUGUACAGUUAGAUGUGUAUUUUGAAUAAAGCGAUAUCUAGAAUCUAGGCUGGAUAAAAGAGAUAGUUCCAUGAGGAUGUACAUGUUAUGGAAAGAGAUUCGGCAAGAUCUUUGCAGUGUCCACACGUACCGCUCUCCAUCAGUAAGCC